GCACGCUUCGGCAGGACUUCCUUUACGUAACUUGAUAAAGGAGGCGAGGCACAAUUUUCGCGAUGAUCCUCAGGAGGACACCUGUCGUUCGCAGAGUCGUCAUCGGCCUACGAUCUGUCUGUCAAGAACAGAUCUCGAAGAUAGACGCCGGGUAUAAAAGAAGCAGCGUCUUCCAAUUCGUGUCGUAUUCGCGGGGUACAUUAAACAGCGUCCUCAGCCACUUCGAUAUCCACUGUAAAUUGGCACUUGUGACUAUUUGCGAGAUGUUUACCUUUGCUUAUCUCGUCUCGAGAACGAGGCAGCAUCAGUCAAUGGCUAAUUACGCGAAGCUCGCUGUCAUCAUUGCUGUUAUCAUCGGCGUCGUUUGCGGAGAGGAGUCCAGCGAGCUCGAGGAUGACGACAGGAACAUUCUCGGGUUGAAUCUUCCGUACGGCCGAGGUCUGGAUAGCGAAUUGCAGCUGGCCAGACUGAUGCUGGUGGCUCCGCGUUUCUGUCAUCCUAAACGCAACUCCGAGCUCAUAAAUUCGCUGUUGGGUCUACCGAAAAAUAUGCACAAUGCUGGGAAAUGAGAGUGACCUCACUUGUACAAGAAGGUACAUCACAUGUACAACAAUAUAGAAAUAAACAUCUCGUAGCUUAUCCGCCAAAGAAUAUAUAUUAGAACGGAGCAUUUAGAAACUUAAGUAAGAUUUGUCAGUAAUGUUGCCAGAAACAUGGACCGUCUACAGGAUGAAUCGAUACGAAUAAAUGUAGGAACUAAUAUA